AAAAAAAUAGAAUAGUUUAACAAUUUUCUAACAAAAGUGUAUUCUUUGCUCCUUAGCUCAUGAAGUAUUAUGAAUCCUUCGCCUGCAUUCUCUGCUGCAAAUGUUUCUACGCCUAGUUUACAAACUGGAAAUACAGGAUCAGCCACAUGGAUUAAUAAAUUAAAGAUUGUAGGCAGAGGACAAAAUUGGGCAGUUGCACCAUGUGAACCUUUCUACUUAAUGGGUACUGAACCACCGGCCCCGGAUGCAGCGUUGACAGGCGCUAAAAAUCUUAUUGAACAUUAUGGUUUAGAGAAUGCCUAUCAAAAAUUUUGUGGUAAACGUCUUAAAGAAGAAUUAAGUGCUUUCCUACCUCAUCUGUCUGGAAAUAUUGAUGUACCAGCUUCGGUUGACGGGAGUGGAUUAAUGAGUCUAAUUGAGCGACCGCCAAUCCGAGGAAAGGAAUUAAGACCGUUUGCACCCAGUCAAUUAGAUCAUGCCUUUCGAUUGCAUCCCGGACCUUUACCUCAAGAAUACUCUUCUCUUUUUGCAGCUGCACCACCAAAACAUAUUCAGCCUAAUGGACAAGAUCAACAACAACAGCUGUUCGCAAGUGGUGCUAGCGUAGUAGGUUCACGUAUACCGGCUACAGCUGCACCCGGUUCUGGACUACCUCACCGUAGACGUCGUCGACAUGAAGUCCACCGUGGAACCCUUGCUUCUGGAAGUGAUAGUAGUUCUUCUAUGGGUAUAUCAGGUAUUGGAGGGAAUGUUAGUGCCAGCCCUGCAUCAUUUUUCACUGGACCAUCUUCUUAUAAUCAAUUAGGACCAGUACAUCCGACAACAGCAGCACCAUUGUCGUCAAAUCAAUUACCGUCACAAACGCCCAGCAUUCCUUCAUCUUUAGGUGUAGCUAAUGCGGUGACACUACCUAACAAUGUAUCUGAGUCAACUCAAUCAUUACAUGGCAUAGAUAGCUCGCUCAGUCAAGCUGUCAGUAUGAAUAAACCAGUAGAUCACCCACCUGGUCUUAUUCCUGCUUCACUUCCUCACGCUCCAUCAGCACCGUCUAUACCAACAUUAUCUUCAGAUCCUCCACCACCCCCGCCUCCACUUUUAGCUCCUAUACACCACCAAUCAUCCUCGUCCUCAUUAGGACAGAAAUUACCACAUUCGAAUCAAAAUAAUGUAUCCAGUAUGAAUUCUGUAUAUAACAGUGGUACAGUUAAUGCGAAUCUCACGCCAACUAAAUCGAAUCCACCUGUACUUCAUUCUAUUCACCCAUCGAAUACCAAUAAUCCUGUCAGUACAUCUGUGCCUCCAGUCUACAGUAAUCAUCAUCAUCAUCAUCACCCUCAUCAUCAGUUCUACGGACAGCAGCAGCAGCAACAACAACAACAACAGACACAUCAUCACCAACAUCACAAUUUGCAUCUUACACAGUCUUAUCCAUCUUCAUUAAGUCAGAACUCCUCUAGAUCAAUGUCACCUGUUAUACCAAUGGAAACGAACUCCUCACCACCAUCACCGGAUAUGCAUAAAAUACGUCGUUCAGAUAUGACUGAUGAAGAACGGAGGAAAAAGAAGCGUAGGGAGAAGAAACGACGGAAAGAUAAAGAGUAAAUAUGCUUUUUUUUUAGAAAAAAAUUGUUUGGGUGAUAUGCGCUGAGGCGUUUACUUCUCCCACAGAAUUAAUGUGGGGGGGGAGGAAUUAAUCAACUGGUUAUAUAAAGAGAGACUAAAUUUGUUUAAAGUUCUUCUGUAAAAUUGUGUACUUUAUUUUUUCAAACUGUAAAGCUUUCUUCCUUCCUUCUUGUUUUUGUGAAAUGUUUGAUCGUGUGACUUUUUUCUUUGAUUUAAAUAAAGAAAGAAGAAAAACACAUUUCCUGGAUUGUCUCUUUCUCUCUCUCUUCAACUGCCUACAUCCCAAAUAAAUCAAUUAUUACUUUAUAUUACAAAAUGGUGUCUGAACCAACCUGCUUCACAAUGACUUCAAGUUAUAGGUAGAGAGUAUAAGCGACAUAAU